UAAAAAUAGCAAAUUAGUUUAAUUUAUGAUUCACUGUUUUUUUUCCUUCUAAAAAUAGCUCUAAGCACAACUAGAAACUUCAACUGCCAUCAUCCGUCCAUCCUUACAAUUAACACCAGUUUAAUUGAGCUUUUAACCAUAACUAAAUAAUUUCAUAUCAACCAUCUCAAUUUUUAAAACCAAUUUUUUUUAUAACCAUUAGUAAUCUACUAUUUUUAUCUCCUUCACCACUAAUAAAACCAUCUCCUACCCAAUUCUUCAAGCUAACCCUGGGAUAAAAUAAAUACUUUUCUUAAUCAAAUUUUAUUUUUUGUGGCAUUUUUGUAGUCUAAAAGAUCAAAAGGAGUGUAUAAAUUAACAAAGAUGGCCGUACAAGGGCUUGUUGGAUUGGCUCUUUGUAUGGUCAUCUUUUGUUUCUUUUUCACUCCUAUUUUAUGUAAUGCCCAAAAAAUGAAUGUUAUUGACCGUUGUUGGCGAGAAAACCCUAAAUGGCGAAGAACCCGACAGCAGUUGGCCACAUGCUCCGUUGGUUUUGCCGGAAAAAUGAUUAAUAAUAUAGGAAAAGGUGUUGUUAACUAUAAGGUCACUGAUCCGAGCGAUGACCCGUCAAACCCUAAACCCGGAACUCUAAGAUAUGGAGCGACUAUGAUUGAUGGGAAAGUAUGGAUAACUUUUAAAAGGAAUAUGCAAAUUAAACUUGAGAAACCUCUUCUCAUUAGUAGUUUUACUACACUUGACGGUCGUGGUGUUAACGCUCACAUUACUGGUAGUGCAUGUCUUUUAGUGUAUAAGGCAACAGAUGUAAUUAUCCAUGGCCUAAGGAUUCACCAUUGUAAGGCAGUAGGACCAAGCACAGUGAAGGGACCCAAUGGACAAAUGGUGCCACUUGGCCAGAUGGACGGUGAUGCGAUCAGAUUAGUGAGCGCAUCAAAAGUUUGGAUAGACCACAACACACUGUAUGCAUGCCAAGAUGGUCUUCUGGACGUGACACGUGGAUCUACAGAUAUUACCAUAUCGAAUAACUGGUUUAAAGACCAAGAUAAAGUUAUGCUUCUGGGGCAUGACGAUGGGUAUGAUAGAGAUAAGAACAUGAAGGUGACUGUUGUUUACAAUCAUUUUGGACCCAAUUGCAACCAAAGAAUGCCAAGGGUUCGCCAUGGAUAUGCACAUGUAGCCAACAACCUGUAUCAGGGAUGGCAACAAUAUGCAAUUGGAGGAAGCAUGAAGCCAAGCAUUAAGAGUGAAGCUAACUACUUCAUUGCAUCAAAAGGAAACAAAGAGGUUACAUGGAGAAAUGGAAUUAAUGAGCAAACGAAGCCAUGGAACUUCUACUCUGUGGGGGAUUUAUUUGAAAAUGGAGCUUCAUUCAUUCAAAGUGGUCUGGGCAAGGCCAAGCCUAACUACACCGAUCAACAAAAAUUUCAAGUUGCAGAUGCUGGUUCUGUCAGGUCAUUGACAAGUUCAUCUGGUGCUUUAAAGUGCGUUAGAACUAUUACAUGUUGAGUUAAGAAUCAUCAAAAUGAUGAACAAGAAAAUAAAAUAAAUUCAAUAAAAGUAGACAUGGAUGUCAAAUUAUUAUAAGUAA